GAGCCAGAAGACGAAGAGGAAGCUAAAUGGAGAGACGGUGAUGAUGAAUCCAGCGAAAGUAAAGGUAAACUCCAUAAAAACAUAUGCUUGAGAUUAACAACAGAAUUAAGAUGAUACAAAUAAUUCUCUUUGCGCUAAAGGUGAGCCAAAUGAUGAUGCAGAAGCUGAGUGGAGAGAAAGUGAGGAUAAUGAUUCUAUCGAUAGUAAAGUUAAGCCCCAUGGAACAAAUCAUGCAUAUCGCAAGUGCAAUGAAAAUGAUUCUAAUCCAACUAUUUUUGCUAAAGGUGAAGUAUACGACGAUGAAGAAGCCGAAAGGAUAGGCGAUAUUGAUGAUGACUCCAGCGAUAGUAAAGGUAAAUCCGAUGAAACUGAUCAUGGAAAUUUACAUCAGAAUUAACAACAUGGUAAUUACUCUCAUUGUGCUUAAGGUGAGUUGGAAGACGACGAAGAAGAUGAGUGGAGUGACCGUAUUGAUAACGAUUCUAUGGGCAGUGAAGGUAGGCCCCGUGAAAGUUAUCAUGAAGAUUCAUAGCCAAAUUAAGACAAUUUUAAGAACUCUGUUUGUGUUUAAGGUGAGGCGGAUGGCAGUAAAGAAGCCGUGUGGAGAGACGGUGAUGUUCUUGAAUCUGUCGAUGGUGAAGGUAAGCCCCAAAAAAACUUAUCACGGAGAUUCACAGCGGAAUUGAAAUGAUAAGUACGACUCUCUUUCAGCGAAAGGUGAGCUGGAUGACCAUCAAGAAGCCAAAUGGAGAGACUCUGAGGACUAUGAAUCUAUUGAUAGUGAAGGUAGGCCCUAUAAAACUUAUCAUGGAGAUUCAGAGCAGGAUUAGAAUGAUAUUCAUGACUCUCUUUGUAUGAAAGGUUAGUUGUAUGACGAUGAUGAUGAUUGAAGUGAGAGAUUAUAACGAGUCUAUCAAUGGCUAUGGUAUGCCCCAUGAAACUCAUCAUGGAAGCUCAUACUAGAAUUCAAGAGGUAUUAAUAACUCGUUGUAUUCGCUGUAGGUGAGCUGGAUGAUGAUAAAGAAGCCGAUUGGAGAGACAGUGAUGAUCUUGAAUCUGUCGACAAUAAAGGUAUCCCCAUGAAACUCCCGAGAUUCACAGCCUAAUAAAGACGAUACUAAGUGCUCUCUUUGUGCUAAAGGUGAACCCGAUAACGAUGAAGAUGCACAGUGGCGAGACGGUGAUAAUGAUGACUCUAGCGAUAGUGAGGGUAAGCCUCAUAAAACUUAUCAUGGAGAUUUAUUUCGGAAUCAAGAUGAUACUAACGACUCUCUUCUUGCUAAAGAUGAGUUGGAUGACAAUGAGGAAGAUGAGGGGAGGGACCGUGAUGAUGAUGAAUCUAUCGAUAGUGAAGGUAAGCCCUGUGGAACUAGCCAUAGGGAUUCGCAACACAUUUAAAAAUGAUACUUAUUACCCUCUUUGUGCUGAAGGUGAGUUGGAUGACGAUGAUGAAGAUGAGUGGAGAGACGGUAAUGAUGAUGAAUCUAGCGAUAGUGAAGGUAAGCCUCGUUAAACGUAUCAUGUAGAUAUACGGCACCUUUAAAAUUAUACUUAUGACUCUCUAUGUGCUAAAGUUGGAUCACGAUGAAUAAGCCGAAUGAAGAGACGGCGAUGGUUAUGAAUCUAUUGGUAGUGAGGGUAAACCUCAUAAAACUUAUCAUGGAGAUUUGCAGUAGAAUUAAGAUUAUUAAAAUGACUCUCUUUGUAUGAGAUGUGAAUUUUCUAAUGAUGAAGAAGAUGAGUGGAGAGAUAGAGAUGAUCACGAAUCGAUCAAAAGUGAUAGUUUUCCAUAAUAGCGUAUCAUGGAGACCCAUUUUAGAAUAAGAGAUACUAAUAUCUCACUUACUACCUGCUACGGGCGAGCCGUAUGAUUAUAAAGAAGCCGAGCGGGGAGAAGGUGAUGAUCUUGAAUCUAUCGAUAAGGAAGGUAUGCCUCGUGAAAGCUAUCGUGGAAAUUUCCAGCUUAACUAAGACGAUACUAAGAUAAACUGUCUGUCCUAAAGGUGAGCCUGAUAACGUUGAAGAUGCAGAGUGGAGAGAAGGAGAUAAUGAUGAAUUCAUCGAUAGUGAGGGUAAGCCCCAUGAGAAUUAUCAUGGAGAUUCAUAGCAGAAUCAAGAUGAUACUAACGACUCUCUUCGCGCUAAAGGUGAGUUGGAUGACGAUGAUGAAGAUGAGUGGAGGGAUGGUGAUGAUAAUGAGUCUAUCGAUAGUGAAGGUAAACCUCAUGAAACAUAUCAUGUAGAUUUAAAGAAUAUUUAAAAUGAUACUUAUGAGCCUCUUUGUGCUAAAGGUGAGUUGGAUUUCGAUGGAGAAGAUGAGUGGAGAGACGGAGAUUUGCAACACAUUUAAAAUGAUACUUUUACUCUCUUUGUGCUAAAGGUGAGUUAGAUGACGAUGCAGAAGUCGAAUGGAGAGACGGUGGUGAUAAGAAAACUAUUGAUAGUGAAGGUAAACCUCAUAAAACAUAUCAUGGAGAUUCGCAACACAUUUAAAAUAGGAGAUACUAAUGUCUUACUUUGUAUUUGCUUAAGGCGAGCCGGAUGAUUAUAAAGAAAUCGAGUGGCGAGACGGUGAUGAUCUUAAAUCUAUCGAUAACGAAGGUAUGCCCCAUGAAACAUGUUAUGGAAAUAUACCGCUUAACUAAGACGAUACUAAGAACUGUGUUUGUCUCAAAGGUGAACCCGAUCACGAUGAAGAUGCCGAGUGGAGAUUCAGUGAUAAUCAUGAUACCAGCGACAGUGAGGGUAAGCCCCAUGAAACUUAUCAUGGAGAUUUAUUGCGGAAUCAAGAUGAUACUAACGACUCUCUUCUUGCUAAAGAUGAGUUGGAUGACGAUGAUGAAGAUGAGAGGAAGGACCGUGAUAAUAAUGAAUCUAUCGAUAGUGAAGGUAAGCCCCGUGGAACUUGUCAUAGGGAUUCGCAACACAUUUAAAAUGAUACUUAUUACCCUCUUUGUGCUAAAGGUGAGUUGGAUGACGAUGAUGAAGAUGAAUGGAGGGACGGUGAUGAUAGUGAAUCAAGCGAUAGUGAAGGUAAGCCUCGUUAAACGUAUCAUAUAGAUAUACGGCACCUUUAAAAUUAUACUUAUGACUCUCUAUGUGCUAAAGGAGAGUAGUUGGAUCACGAUGAACAAGCCAAACGAAGAGACGGCGAUGGUUAUGAAUCUAUUGAUAGUGAGGAUAAACCAUAUAAAUCUUAUCGUUGAGAUUAGCAGUAGAAUCAGGAUUAUUGUAAUGACUCUAUUUGUAUGAAAUAUGAGUUUUCUAAUGAUGAAGAAGAUUUAGAGGAGAGACAGAGAUGAUACGAAUCGAUCAAAAGUGAUAGUUUGCCACAUAUAGCGUAUCAUGGAGACCCAUUCUAGAAUUAGAGAUACUAAUAUCUCACUUUGUAUUUGCUAAAGGCAAGCCGGAUGAUUAUAAAGAAGCCGAGUGGCGAGACGGUGAUGAUCUUGAAUCUAUCGAUAAGGAAGGUAUGCCUCGUAAAAACUAUCAUGGAGAUUCACAGCUUAACUAAGACGAUUCUAAGGAUCGACUGUCUUUGUCACAAAGGUGAGCCGGAUAACGUUGAAGAUGCCGAGUGGAGAUUCAGUGAUAAUGAUAAUCUCAGCGAUAGUGAGGGUAAGCCCCAUGAGAGUUAUCAUGGAGAUUCAUAGCAGAAUCAAGACGAUACUAACGACUCUCUUCGUGCUAAAGGUGAGUUGGAUGACGAUGAUGAAGAUGAAUGGAGGGACGCUGAUGAUAAUGAAUCUAUCGAUAGUGAAGGUAGGCUCCGUGAAACUUGUCAUAGGGAUUCGCAACACAUUUAAAAUGAUACUUAUUACCCUCUUUGUGCUAAAGGUGAGUUGGAUGACGAUGAUGAAGAUGAAUGGAGGGACGGUGAUGAUAGUGAAUCAAGCGAUAGUGAAGGUAAACCUCGUUAAACGUAUCAUGUAGAUAUACGGCACCUUUAAAAUUAUACUUAUGACUCUCUAUGUGCUAAAGGUGAGUAGUAGGAUCACGAUGAAUAAGCCGAAUGAAGAGACGGCGAUGGUUAUGAAUCUAUUGAUAGUGAGGGUAAACUUCAUAAAACUUAUCAUGGAGAUUUGCAGUAGAAUUAAGAUUAUUAAAAUGACUCUAUUUGUAUGAAAUGUGACUUUUCUAAUGAUGAAGAAUAUGAGUGGAGAGAUAGAGAUGAUCACGAAUCGAUCAAAAGUGAUGGUUUGCCACAUAUAGCGUAUCAUGGAGACCCAUUCUAGAAUUAGAGAUACUAAUAUCUCACUUCCUACUUGCUACGGGCGAGCCGUAUGAUUAUAAAGAAGCCUAACGGGGAGAAGGUGAUGAUCUUGAAUCUAUCGAUAAGGAAGGUAUGCCUCGUGAAAGCUAUCAUGGAGAUUUCCAGCUUAACUAAGACGAUACUAAGAUAAACUGUCUGUCCUGAAGGUGAGCCUGAUAACGUUGAAGAUGCAGAGUGGAGAUGGGGAGAUAAUGAUGAAUUCAUCGAUAGUGAGGGUAAGCCCCAUGAGAAUUAUCAUGGAGAUUCAUAGCAGAAUCAAGAUGAUACUAACGACUCUCUUCGUGCUAAAGGUGAGUUGGAUGACGAUGAUGAAGAAGAGUGGAGGGACGGUGAUGAUAAUGAGUCUAUCGAUAGUGAAGGUAAACCUCAUAAAACAUAUCAUGGAGAUUCUCAACACAUUAAAAAUAGGAGGAACUAAAGUCUUUCUUUUUAUUUGUUAAAGGCGAGCCGGAUGAUUAUAAAGAGGCUGAGUGGCGAGACAGUGAUGGUCUUAAGUCUAUCGAUAAUGAAGGUAUGCCACAUUAAACAUAUUAUGAAAAUAUACAGCUUAACUAAGACGACACUAAGGACUGUCUUUGUCUCAAAGGUCAACCCGAUAAUGAUGAAGAUGCAGAGUGGAGAUUCAGUGAUAAUCAUGAUACCAGCGAUAGUGAGGGUAAGCCUCAUGAAACUUAUUAUGGAGAUUCAUUGCGGAAUCAAGAUGAUACUAACGACUAUCUUCUUGCUAAAGAUGAGUUGGAUGACGAUGAUGAAGAUGAGUGGAGGGACGCUGAUGAUAAUGAAUCUAUCUAUAGUGAAGGUAGGCCCCGUGGAACUUGUCAUAGGGAUUCACAACACAUUCAAUAUGAUAUUUAUUACCCUCUUUGUGCAAAAGGUGAGUUGGAUGACGAUGAUGAAGAUGAAUGGAGGGACGGGGAUGAUAGUGAAUCAAGCGAUAGUGAAGGUAAGCCUCGUUAAACGUAUCAUGCAGAUAUACGGCACCUUUAAAAUUAUACUUAUGACUCUCUAUGUGCUAAAGGUGAGUAGUUGGUUUAGUUAGUAGAGAUUCAUAGCAGAAUCAAGAUGAUACUAACGACUCUCUUCGUGCUAAAGGUGAGUUGGAUGGCGAUGAUGAAGAUGAGUGGAGGGAUGGUGAUGAUAAUGAGUCUAUCGAUAGUGAAGGUAAACCUCAUGAAACAUAUCAUGUAGAUUUAAAGAAUAUUUAAAAUGUUACUUAUGAGUCUCUUUGUGCUAAAGGUGAGCUGGAUGACGAUGAUGAAGCCGGAAGGAGAGACGGUAAUGAUGAAAAACAUAUUGAUAGUGAAGGUAAGCUUCAUAAAACAUAUGGAGAUUCGCAACACAGAAAUUCACAGCUUAACUAAGACGGUGCUAAGGACUGUUUUUGUCUCAAAGGUGAGCCCGAUAACGAUGAAGACGCAGAGUGGAGAUUCAGUGAUAAUCAUGAUACCAGCGACAGUGAGGGUAAGCCCCAUGAAACUUAUCAUGGGCAUUCAAAGCAGAAUGAAGAUGAUACUAACGACUCUCUUCGUGUUAAAGGUGAGCUGGAUGAGGAUGUGGAAGUUGAAUGGAGAGACUAUGAUGAUCAAAAAUCUAUUGAUAGUGAAGGUAAGCUUCAUAAAACAUAUCAUGGAGAUUCAUACACAUUUAAUAUGAUACUUAUGCGCCCUAUUGUGUUUAAGGUGGGUUGGAUGAUGAUAAUGAUGAUGAAUGGAGGGACAGUUAUGAUAUUGAAGCUAUCGAAAGUGAAGGUAAGCCUCAUGAAACCUAUCACGAAGAGUCGCAACACAUUUAAAAUGAUAUUGAUAGUGAAGGUAAGGUUCAUAAAACAUAUGGAGAUUCGCAACACAGAAAUUCACAGCUUAACUAAGACGAUACUAAGGACUGUCUUUGUCUCAAAGGUGAGCCCGAUAACGAUGAAGACGCAGAGUGGAGAUUCAGUGAUAAUCAUGAUACCAGCGACAGUGAGGGUAAGCCCCAUGAAACUUAUCAUGGAGAUUCAAAGCAGAAUAAAGAUGAUACUAACGAAUCUCUUUGUGCUAAAGGUGAGUUGGAUGACGAUACAGAAGCCGAAUGGAGAGACGGUGAUGAUAAAAAAACUAUUGAUAGUGAAGGUAAACCUCAUGAAACAUCAUGAAGAUUCGCAACACAUUUAAAAUGAUACUAAUGACCCUCUUUGUGCUGAAGGUGAGUUGGAUGACGAUGAUGAAGAUGAGUGGAAAAACGGUGAUGAUAAGAAAUUUAUCGAUAAUGAAGGUAAACCUCAUGGAAACUAUCAUGUAGAUUUAAAGCAUAUUUAAAAUGAUACUUAUGACCCUCUUUGUGCUAAAGGUGAGUUGGAUUUCAAUGGAGAAGAUGAGUGGGGAGACGCUGAUGAUCUUGAAUCUGUCGAUAGUGGAGGUAAGCCCUAAGAAACUUAUCAUCGAGAUUCAUAACGGAAUUAAAAUGAUACGUACGACUCUCUUUCUACGAAAGGUGAGCUGGAUGACGACGAAGAAGCCGACUGGGGAGACAGUGAUGAUUAUGAAGCUAUUGAUAGUGAAGGUAGGCCCCAUAAAACUUAUCAUGGAGAUUCACAGCAGAAUUAAGAUGAUCUUUAUGACUCUCUUUGUGUGAAAUGUAAGUUUUAUACGAUGAGGAAGAUGAGUGGAGAAACCGAGAUGAUAAUGAAUAUAUCACAAAUGAUGGUUUGCCCCAUGUAACGUAUCAUGGAGACUCAGUCUAGAAUUAGAAAUAUACUAAUGACUCUCUUUAUAAUUGCUAAAGGGGAGCCGGAUGAUUAUGGGCAAGCCGAGUCGAAAGAAGGUGAUGAUCUUAAAUCUAUCGAUAAUGGAGGUAUGCCCCAUGAAACAUAUUAUGGAAAUAUACAGCGUAGCUAAGGCGAUACUAAGGACUGUCUUUGUCUCAAAGGUAAGCCCGAUAACGAUGAAGAUGCAGAGUGGAGAUUCAGUGAUAAUGAUGAUACCAGCGACAGUGAGGGUAAGCCCCAUGAAACUUAUCAUGGAGAUUCAUACCAGAAUCAAGAUGAUACUAACGACUCUCUUCGUGCUAAAGGUGAGUUGGAUGACGAUGUAGAAGCUGAAUGGAGAGACUAUGAUGAUCAAAAAUAUAUUAAUGGUGAAGGUAAGCCUCAUGAAGCUAUUAUGGAGAUUUGCAGCACAUUUAAAUGAUUACCUAUAACCCUUUUUGUGCUAAAGGUGAGUUGGAUGACGAUGAUGAAGAUGAAUGGAGGGACGGUGAUGAUAAUGAAUCUAUUGAUAAUGAAGCCUUGUUUCAACUACUAGUUGAGUAGUGUUCAUAAUUGCCAGGAUCGUUUCUAUAUUCGUUAUCAUGGAGAUUAUUCCCAACGGAAUUUAAAUGAUACGAACGACUUUCUUUCUGCGAAAGGUAAGCUGGAUUACGAUGAAGAAGCCGACUGGAGAGACAGUGAUGAUUAUGAAUCUAUUGAUAGUGAAGGUAGGUCCCAUAAAACUUAUUAUGGAGAUUCAGAGUAGAAUUAAAAUAGUACUAAGUGCAUUAUUUUUGCUGGAGGUGACUUCAAUUGCUCUAAAGAAGCCGAGUGGAGAGAAAGUGACAAUAAUGAUUCUAAAUAUGGAAGCGAUCUUUGCAGCAAUGAACAGUACUUUAGCAGCGCUCUAACAACUGAGCUAACAAGCCAACUAGGAGCCGGCCAUUAUGUUGGUUCGUGAUAAACCCGUGAAGUGAUGAAUAAAUAACUAAGAUCAUAUUUGUGUAGAGCGCUUCACCGGUAUCGCACAGAUCAUGGGCUCAAAUCCCGUACAGGCCUGAAUUUUUUCACGCCUUAUUUUCACUAAUGGGAGGAUCGCAGAACUUAAUUAGGGAAUGAUUCUAUCGGUAAAGUGAAGGUAAGCCCCAUGCAACGUGACAUGGAUGUUUAUUGAGGAUUAAGAUUAUACUAAUGACUCUCUUUGCGCUAAAGGUGGGCUAGAUGAUGACAAAGAAGCCGACACUGAAGGUAAGUCCCAUGAAGUUAUCAUGGAGAUAAACAGCAGAAUUAACACGAUACUAAUAACUCUCUUUGUGCUAAAGGUGAGAUGGAUGACGACGAGGAAACCCUGUGGUUAGGCGGCGAUGAUCUUGAAUCUGUCUAUAGUAAAGGUAAACUCCAAGAAACCUAUCAUGGAAAUUCACAGCAGAAUAAAAAUGAUACUUAUGACCUUCUUUAUACUAAAGGUGAGUUAGAUGACGAUGAAGAAGACGACUGGAGCGACGGUGAUGAUCUUGAAUCUAUCGAUGGUGGAGGUAAGCCCCCUGAAACUUAUCAGGGAGAUUCACUCGUUGCUAGAGAUGACUUCAUAGAUACCGAAGCUUCAGUCCCAGAUACCGAAGGAUUUAAGGACGUUCUUGAAUUCGCAGAUUAUUUCGCACAAACUGAAGAUACAGAGUGGAGUGAUGAUGAUGGUGAAGAGGUUUCUGAAGGCUAUGGAGUUCGUGAUGAGGACUCAGAAAUUGCAUGGUGA